ACGGUGGCGUCGGCAUUCAUGGUGGUCGUGGCCUAGGUCGAAAUUCCGUGUGACAUAGGCAAAUGGCAGAAUGGGGUGCGGAUGCGUGGGGGACCCAAAGCAGUGGAUGAGUGUAUAUAUACCAAUAGUUAUCUUAGAGAAUAUCGAGAGACGAAAUGAUUUGGAAGUUUUCGAGAAGAUACUGAGCAAGUUUAUUCCUUUAGAGAAUUACUUUUUUGUUAGAGUACAUCUUGUUUGCUAUUGCUUUUUGGGUCUGUGAAAAUGUUUUCCCAUAAUGCAAGAACUUUAGGGUUCACUUUUUCGAGAAGUAUCAACCACUUUAAUAGAUUUUACUCAAACAAAACUUUAAAAUUGGCUGUUAAAACUCAUAGUAACAAGAAUAGUGAAAAUAAUAGCGGAAAGAAAAAAGAUUUUGGAUUUUCAGAUACUUUUAAAAUUGUUUCGACAGUUUUGCUAUCUACAUUAUUAUCUGCAAGUGUAACAACAUACUAUUAUGAAGAUCGUUUCCAAAAUUUUAAGAAUUUUGAAUCAAAUAGUGUUACAAAAUUGAAUGAUUUAACAACAUCACAAUACGGUUCCAAACAGGAUUUUGAUAAUGCUAUUGCUGAAAUUAAACAAUUCAUACCCGAAGAUAAUAUCUCGCAAUCUCCAUCCGAAAUUUCUACCCAUUCGGAUAAUUAUUGGAACUCUCAUCAUCCCACUGAAGAUCAGUUUCCAAAAAUUGUUAUUUAUCCCGAAUCAACAGAAGAUGUUUCAAAACUUUUAAAAAUAUCAAAUAAACAUAAUAUUCCAAUUGUUCCAUAUUCCGGUGGCACUUCUUUAGAAGGUCAUUUUAUCAAUACUAGAAACGGGAUUGUCAUUGAUUUAAAUCGAAUGAAUAAAAUUAUCAAGUUGAAUGAAAAUGAUCUUGAUGUUGUUGUUCAACCUGGUUUGGGUUGGCAAGAUUUAGAUGAAUAUCUAAAGCCAAAAAACUUACUAUUUGGGCCAGAUCCUGGUCCAGGUGCUGAAAUUGGUGGAAUGAUUGGCACUUCAUGUUCUGGUACAAACGCCUAUAGAUAUGGCUAUAAUUUGACGAGUUUAUUUAUUGGUAGUGAAGGUACUUUAGGCAUUAUAACUGAAGCAACAUUAAAAUUACAUAAUAGACCAGUCAACGAAACUGUUGCAGUAGUUUCGUUUGAUGAGCUUAAUGAUGCAACUAAUACUGUUCAACAGAUUUUACAAAACAAUAUUCAACUAAAUGCAAUUGAGCUUUUAGAUGAUGAAAUGAUGAAAUGUCUUAAUAGUAGUGAAGCAACAUCCAAAAAAUGGUUGGAAAAACCUACUAUAUUACUAAAGAUCGUUGAUCCAAGCAUUGAUGAUGAAAAAAAUUUGAAAAACUCAAAAUUAAUUAGCAAGGUUAAAAAUAUCUGCCAAUCCAAUUCGUCUAUUAACUUUGAAUUUGCCAAAAAUGAAGAUGAAAAAACAGAAUUGUGGUCAGCAAGAAAGAAUAUUUUAUGGUCAUCCAUUGAUAACGGAAGAAGAUUAUUGAAUAAUCCAAAUGCUGCUGUUUGUACAACCGACGUUGCUGUCCCCAUAACUAAUUUGUCCGAAAUUAUCAAAGAAAUUAAAGUCAAAUUUGAAUUGCCAAAGUACAAAUCCAGAAUUUAUAGCACAAUUGUCGGCCAUGUUGGUGACGGAAAUUUUCACACCAUAUUGAUAUUUGAUGACACAAAUAAGGAAGACAAAUUGUUGAUUAAAGAAUUGAUAGAUUACAUGACCCAAAGAGCGAUUGAUUUAGACGGGACAUGCACAGGUGAACAUGGCGUUGGGUUUGGUAAAAGAACAUUUCUCUAUAACGAGCUUGGAGAAGAUGCUAUAAGCCUUAUGAGAAGAAUCAAGCUAAGUUUAGACCCCAAAAGGUUGCUUAACCCAGACAAGAUCUUCAAGAUCGAUCCUAAAGACAAAGACGAAUAGCGUAAAUAUAUAUCUGUUGUACGAGUUAAUUCCACAUCUAUAUUCCAUCCAAAA